UCCCACCAGUUUUUCCGGGUCCGCGGUCGUGUUGUUAUAGCUAGCAAGUUGUCAAAGUGAAGCAAACACUCGUUCAGGAGGACACUUAUCAAGUUCUCAUGCGUUGCUAGCUAACUAUGUUUUUUUAGGUUGCGGUAUUUGUAGUGCUUAAAAUACCGACACACUUACCUCACAGCUAACAGUUAGCUAAAUCCACAAAAGCGGUCAGUGUUAUCCAGCUGCAUUACGAGAGGUAACGUUAGCUUAAAGCGGAACGUUGGUCUACCCGUUCUUAGCUCUGAAACUGGCCGUCAUGGGAGGCGUUCGCUGGGCGUUCCGGUGUGGCUCGUGGACGCCGAGCCGGUCCGAGUGGCUGUUAGCGGCCCGGUGUGUGCAGCGCGAAGAGAAAGAACGAAUCGGACAGUUCAUGUUUGCCAAAGAUGCCAAAUCAGCUAUGGCUGGCAGGUUGUUGUUGAGGAGGUUGGUGUGUGACAGGAUGGGUGUUCCCUGGUCUGACAUCUGCUUGGAGCGUUCUCCCAGAGGAAAGCCCUACCUGGCCAACCCAGCCUGCUCCAGCCCUGAAACCAUGGGCUGGAGUUUUAACAUCUCUCACCAGGGUGACUACGCUGUGCUGGCUGCAGAGCAGGGGCUGCAGGUCGGGGUGGACGUAAUGAAGACCACCAUGCCAGGUAGCACUUCUGUGCCAGAGUUUUUCCGUAUCAUGACGAGGCAGUUUACUGAUUAUGAGUGGAGUGUUAUCCGCAGAGCAGGAUCGGAAUGGGAGCAACUGACCAUGUUCUACAGACACUGGGCGUUGAAGGAAAGUUUCAUCAAGGCGAUUGGCACAGGGCUGGGCUUUAAUCUACAGAGGGCGGAGUUUCACCUGUCACCUGAGCCAAUUGCAGAGGGCAAGGUGUGUCGCCGGACCACAAUGCACCUGGACGAGGAAGAAGAGGAGGUCUGGGCGUUCGAGGAGACUGUAUUGGGUAAGGACCACCAUGUUGCUGUGGCACUGGGACCCGGCCAUACAGUCAGAUCUGUGCCUCCCCCUGCCCUCACCGAUCCUCCCCCCUCCUUCACCUUCCUCUCCUUCAGUGACCUCAUCAGCAUGGCCACACCCCUCUUUGAAGAAGACUCCGCCUACUGGGAGAACUUCCAGAAAAAGGCUGAAGCCCCAGAAAGACAGAGACUCAUAGCUACAGUAUGAGGUAGACAGGUUAGGUUAGGACUGUGGGUAGAAUAAUCUGAUCCUACAUCUGUGGUUAGUGGCGACGUGUACCUGUGAGAUGGAGUGGUCAAAGGACAGACAGGUGAUGUCACUCCUGUUGAUCUCCAUGCAGGACCGUACAGGAACAGUCGGUGAACAGCAGGGUUGGUGUGACUGAGGCAUCUGGAGGAGCUGGCCACUCUAACAACAAAUUGAAAUAGCAUUGAAAUAAUGUUGGUCCUCAGACCCACCUAGAGUCAAUGUGUUAAUCAAAUGCCAGUGAUGGAAAGGGUUCCAUGACUGCAAAUUGCUCUUUUUGGGGGGUAUUGAUUCUGUAGGUUGCAAUCACCUGAAUUGAUUGUGGUCAUCUGUCAUUACUACAGUGUUGUUGACCAACCUCCCUGUAAUGUGAUUAAAGGUUUGUAUGGCUUCUUA